AUGGCAAGAAGAAUCGAGCAAAGUCCCACCAUAACAAUAGAAGGGAUUAGUGAGUCAUCAAAAAGACCAUAUUCAAGCAAUUAUCACGAAAAGUUUAGUAAACAAGAGAUAAAUAUGAUUGGGAAAAAAGGAAGAGAGGAGCUUAAAUAAAGUUCUCAAUGAUGUUCAUGGAGGAAAGCCUAUAUUUGAGUACCCAGUAUUGUCAUUUGAUCGAGAGAAUAAUCAAGCUAAUCUCUCAGUAGAUGACUUAAACUCCCACCAUACUUCUGUUGGCAAGAAACUGUGGAAGUAUCUCAGCAAAGACAUUCUGGAUAAGUACAAGUCUGUGGAGAAAGUCCAUGCAAUCAAUAUUUGCCAUAGUCGAAAGAAGUAUGAGGAAAGGGAGAAAAGACUCCUUUCUAAGUUUACAUAUGGCAAAUAUGUGGAAGAGCUUAGAGAAGAGCAUCAUAUUGAUCAGAAGAGGCGUAAGAAGCUCUAUAGAAAACGACUUAUGUCAAAGAAUUUCAGAGAAUCAGGAUCGAUGAAAAGACGUAACUCUAGAAGGGGGAGCAUCAACUUAAAGUUCAUUGAAGGGUUACAUCACCAAAAGGAUUCUGAGUCAGGUAGUUCACGAAGACGUGGGCUUAGCAAGGAGUUUGGAAAUUCCAAACCUGGAGACAAGGAAAAUUCAUCAGAUAAUUUCUCUGAUUUUUCAAGAGACCAUUCCAAAACUGUAGAUGAUCCCUUCAAUAAGUCUCAUCCUAAUCCUGAAGAGCUUGAGCAAACUGUUGUAAAGGAACUUGAAGAUGAGGAUAAUAUUUCUGAUCAAUUGAGUCAGAAGAAAUUACAUAGAAGAAAGUCUCUAAAGAAAAGUAGCUUUAAAUUACGAAAGAGUCAGAGCAAAGGCAAGUAUGUUUCUUCCUUUUCCAAAGAUGCAAGGAGCAAGAAGGACCCUCAAGGGGUGAUCAGACUCCAGAAGGCAAUAUCUGGGGAUAAAAAGAAGCAUAAAUAAGACAUCUCCUACAAAAGUGCUGAUUCCAAAGGUCAAGAAGCUGAGGAAAUAAGUUAUUCUAUAAUCUACAAGAUGUAGGGUAUCUUAACUCAUUAGGCCAGCGGAUGAAGAUACCUGAGCUUCCGAGGAUGGUGUUUAUCAAACCUAGAGUUGUAUCUUUCAAGAAACGAGAGAGGCCUUGCACGGCUGCAAGCUCUAACAACAGGAGAAGCAUUAGUAAAGGAAGUAAUAAGUCACACAAGAAGCCACUAAGGUACGCAAAGACGGCUAAGAAUGAUUAUUGGGAUGGAUACUCUUCCAAAAAUAUGAGAUCAAGGCAAAGCCAAAGCACUUUUGAGAAAAGGUCACAAUCCAUGAGGAAGAGACUGCAUGAAAUUGAGAAGGCAAUGUUUCCAUAAUUUUUGAGGGAUUCGUGAUUUGAGACAAUUUUCAAUAUGAUUUUUA